UUUUUUUGACUUUUUCCUUAAUCUUACAUAUUCUUCCCUUCCUGUAAUCCUCUGUCUUAGCUUUGUGUCUUGACUUCUCCUUCUCACUCUUCUUUCUCGCCUUCACUUUCACUUUUCCUCCUCCCUCUUUCCUCCUUCCUCUUCCCUUCUUCCCUUCUUCCCUCCUUCUUCUUUCCCUUCUUUCCCCUAUUCGUUGUUCUAUUUCCAACGGGACAUCGUCAUGUCGUAUACCCGCGAUCCUCCUGCGCCUACACCUUCGCUCCCAACGAGUAGUCCCUCUCACCGAGGCUCAUCAUCCACCAGCAGUACUGACCUAAAGUCAAAGCACCUCUCCACUCCAUACAAUAUGCAAUCCAUCAGCACUGAUAGUCUACCUACUCUCUUUGGUGCUACUUCUCUCCGGCGCACCAACUCUAACGUUGUUUCAAGGUCAAGAACACCUAGAACAACCAGGACAACUUCCCCUACGUCCAUUUCAGCUUCUAUUUCUUCUACUUCUAUUGAUAAUACCGCUACAACUACAUCUUUACAAAAAGCAACAACUCUCAAUGCACCUUUAGCCUCUGUACCCGUAUCAUCCUCAUCAGCAAAACCAGCAAAAGUAACGACAGCAACAGCAACAACAAUCGGACGACGGCCUGUGAUCGAUGUGAUUCCAGAAAGUUUUGAAAUAGACGCAGGCCAUGCACGCAGAUCGAGCAGUUGGGAUAUCAUGGAUAUGCUUGCCAUUGAUCAACUCCGCCAAUGGAUGGUCUGUUUCUGUGUCGUCAACUUUGAUCUCGAAAAAGGCCAAGCUAUCGAAGCUGUGUAUCCGCCAUCUGAGUUCACUCCCGAGGAAAGUAAAAAUAUUUGCUUCUCUUCUUUCCCAGACUCCAAUACUUUCGAUGUUGGAGACACCGUCUUUAACUUUCGUAUUCGAUCUGCAACUGCAGGACGUGCUGCCACUGGCCCUACUACAGAUGCUGGAUUCUUGUAUGGAUAUGUAUUCUUCAGACAGAAGCAGGAUCCAUCCAUUCGGAGAGGCUAUUUUCAAAAAUCAGUUGUUCUUCUUUCACAGCACCCCUUCAUUGGACUCUUUUCAAAACUUGUGUCGGUACUAGGACCAGCAUAUUUUGAAGUAGGCAAACCCAUGCUAGAGGCAGCUUUCCAUAAUAUGGCGACAUGGAGAGCGCCUACGACAGAUAGUAUCAUGGAACUACCAUUCAUGGGGACAUUGUACCAGGUGCAACUCGCAAAACCACAUCAACCACAACUAUUAGAAACAGCGCCGUUUGAAAUUGCAACGUUUCAUCCAGAUACCCAUAUCCUCUCGUCAGUUCCUAUGAACGGCGGCCUUUAUAAACAUUUCCAGGACUUAGUUCCUGACCUCUGGUUGUGUUGGGAGCUCAUGACACUUGCAGAACCCAUAAUGCUUAUUGGAACAUCGCCCGAGGUUUGCUCAGAAUCAGUUGCGUCUCUAGUCGAUCUUAUUAACCCUAUCCCAUACUGUGGAGAUUACCGGCCCUAUUUCACAAUCCAGGACACAGAUUUCAAAUCAUUCUGCAACAAAUCUUCUCCGCCAAGUAGUAUUGUUUUGGGCGUGACAAAUCCUUUUUUUGCAAAGACUCUGGAACAUUGGCCACACAUCAUCAAGAUUGGCAAGCCAAUGAAUAGGAGACCAAACACUAAACUAAUGAAUGAUGGAUCGAUCGGAAAAGCUGGUGCUAGCCCCCGACUUGGUAAACCAGGCUCUCUUGAUUUUGUUCAAGGUGUUGUGAGCAAACGGAAAGGAGCCAUUGCCAAAGACACUAACCUCCUCUGCAUGUUGGCUGAGGCAACAGCUAACCGAUCAUCUCCAGAGUAUUUACUCGAUAAUAUUCUCAGGAAGCACUUUGCUACAUUGACGGAAAAGUUCCUAGUGCCCCUUAACCGAUACUUUGCAACAUUGGUGCCCAGCGACAUCUCCUUGUCAUCUUCAUCUCAAUUCCCUCAUAUUGCGCCCUUCAAGCAACAAACGUUCCUCAAAUUCCUUUCGAAGAAUCCACCCGCUAUCUCCUUCAAGACCUCAACAUUCAAGUCUAAUUCAGAAGCUUGUCAGAGCUUUUAUAAGGAUUUUCUCAAAUGUGGUAAUUUUGCAACCUGGCUCCGCCUGAGAACUAUUGCAGCUCAGAAUGAACUUCGAAGGCGAUACCUGGAAAUAUUGAGCUUGGGCGAUGUGGUGGGGUGGGUGAAAGGAAGGAAUGAGGUUGAACUUGUUGAUCUGUUAGUCAGGAUGAGAGAGGAACUUGGUAAUCCUGCCAAUGAUAAAGCCGACUUGCUCAAUUUAAACCCUUCAAGAACAAAAAAAUCAUCAAGGACCAGAUCAGAUCUGUCAAGAGAAGGAUCCUAUAGUCCUUAUAGCCCCCAAAAUAGUGAGUCUGAAAUUGGUAAUAGUGAUAGCGGAAAUGGCGGCGCAUGGUCGGACGAUUUGAUAAGCCAAUAUGAUCGGUACAGUUAUGGCCGACAGCAGCAACGCAAUGACCGUAAUGAUAGUGGGAGCAGCAGUAGCAGCGGAAGCGAAACAGAGUCAACCAUCACCCCCUCAUCUAAGAUCACUAGCUCAUCAGCUAUCAAUGGAUCCCAAAAUUCGCUUUCAGCACCAACAUCAAAUGGCGGGAUUACUAGUGGCUCGAUAGGUCCCAAGGCGAUUCCUUCUUCACGAAGAAGAGUGGACAAUGGAAGUUUAGGCCAAGGACAGUAUUCAAAUGCAUCAUCAUUCAGCUCGAGCAGCUCGCCAAGGACGACGCCAUCUCGUUCGUCGUCAUCUUCGUCGCUAAAUUUUGAUAAUCGAGAGAGAGAACGAGAAGUGCAGGGAUUUAACAAUAAUAAUGGUAAUAACAGUAGUAACAACACCCUGGGAAACAGUAAUGGAAGCAGCAGCAGUACACUGAAGCAAGACUCACGCGAGUCCAGUCCAGAGAGAGAUUACAAACGGUAUGCGCCAGAGGCAAGUGCGAUUAAGGCAACGACGAAACAAAAAGAACAGCUCCGAGACCAGAUCCGAUUAUUGAUUGAAGCGUUACCAGUGGAUCUACGAGAGUCGCUUCUCGCGAACGAGGCUAAGAAGCGACCCAUGACUACCAUGUCGAUUGAAGGAUAUUAAGGAUGAUAAUUCAUGAAGGAAGUAAUAGAGUGAAGAACCCAUCUAUUUUGUAAAUAUCUGAAAGGAAGGGAAGGGAAAAACAACUUGUAGAUUACCAUUAUGAAAGCAAAGUAGACAAGAAAAAGCACCAAUUCACUGUAAAAAGGACUUUUCCUACAAUUAAUAAAAAAUAUACGUAUGCACAUGUAUACGUGUAUAUAUACCAACAAUUG